CAGAUGCAUUUUGCGUCUACCUGAAGAUAAGGAAAAAGUAAUGGUUCAUUGGACUCGGGUUUUUCGGAUUUGGAUAUAUUUGUAUACGGCAGGCAGUAUUUGCAAUGUCACCUUCUUCAUCUGCCACUGGUAAUGAACAUUGUCGUGCAUGUAUGAGCGUUGAAGAGUUGAUGGAACAUGCUCGAAAACUAGCUGGGAAACUGUCCUCAGAGAACAAUAAACAACAGUCGUCAACCACUCGAGCGUCCUCAGGUUCAGUUAAAACAAAACCAAUGAGGACGGAUUGUCCUCUCACUACUGAAAAAUUAGGGAAUUCGACUUGGAAUCUACUUCAUACAAUAGCAGCAUAUUAUCCACUUAAGCCAACACUUGAACAGAAGAAGAAUGUAUGCACCCUAAUGGAUUUGUUAGGAAAGAUGUAUCCAUGCUCUCAUUGUGCAGAAGAUCUACGUCAAGAUUUAUUAAAAUAUCCUCCAGAUGUCGAAGAUCGUGAAAGAUUUUCAUUGUGGAUGUGUGGAUUGCAUAAUCGAGUUAACAAGAAACUUGGUAAAUCCGAAUAUGAUUGUGCUCAGUGGAAGGAACGAUGGUUAAGUGGUUGGAAGGAUGGCUCUUGUGACUAUUAAUUUUAUAAGCUGAAUUGAUAUUAUAUCGAGAAAGCCGUUUUGAUUCAUGGAUUUUCAACCUUCUUGAUUCAUACAAAACAGAAACAUGUAAUAUGAACUAUUAUUACUGAUUGUUGUUCGGAAAUUUCAAUUAGAAAUUUUGAAUUUGAAUGGAAAAGGUAGAAAUAUCCUUUCUAUAGGAAUUUAUAAGCCGAAUUAGUAUUAUUUCGAAAAAAUUCUUUUGAAGGAAUUGAUGUUGACUUCCAUAUCUGUUACAAUUUCUUUUGCUAUUUCCAUGUAUAUACAUACCAUCUUUUGAAGCGGCUUUAUUUUACUGAGUAG